AUGUGUUCCUCUAAAUCUAGGCUGCAACAAAGUACUAAUAAUAUUGCCACUACCAUUGCUAAAAUUAAUGGCCGUCCGGUCCUUCAGCCAAAGUCCAAUCAAGUUCCUAGCUUGGAAAGACGCAAUUCACUUAAAAAGAACUCCCCUGCAAAGUCCCCUACUCAGGAACCCGCUGCAGUACCACCUGUACCAUUAAUGCAACCAGCUGGUAAUGCUGCAGGUACUAAAACUAAGCUGCCUUCAGUGCUGUCCCCUCCUAUCUCUCCCAACCUAAAAUCACCUAGACCUCAAGCAGUUAAGAGAGGAAAUGAUCCUGACGGAUUAAAUACUAGUGCUGAAAAGGUUCUGACACCACGGAGCGCAACAAAAGUGACCAUUAGUUUGGUAAAGAAAUCUAAGAAAUCUAGCAUUGGAGGAGUUCCACAAUCUGUUAACCCUUUUGCUAUGAAACACUCUUCCUCUUUGUUAGUUGAGGCUCCGGGUAGCAUAGCGGCUGCUAGGAGGGAACAAGUUGCUGUUAUGCAGGAACAAAGAAAAAUGCGAAUUGCUCAUUAUGGAAGGAAAAAGUCUGCUAAGUAUCAAGGGAAAGUUGCUCCUGCUGAUUCUCCGGCUACAAGCACCAUCUCUCGAGAGGAAAAGAGAUGUAGUUUUAUCACUCCUAAUUCAGAUCCUAUCUAUGUUGCUUACCAUGAUGAAGAAUGGGGGUUCCUGCUGCUGUUUGAAUUGCUUGUACUGACCGGUGCACAAGUUGGAUCAGAUUGGACUUCAGUCUUGAAGAAAAGAGAGGCAUUCAGGGAGGCCUUUUCAGGGUUUGAUGCAGAAAUUGUUGCCAAAUUCACCGAAAAGAAAAUAAUAUCAAUCAGUGCUGAGUAUGGCAUAGACAUAAGCCAAGUUCGAGGAGUGGUAGACAACUCUAAUAAGAUUCUCGAGGUUAAGAGGGAGUUUGGAUCAUUUGACAAGUACUUGUGGGGAUAUGUUAAUCACAAACCUAUCUUCACCCAAUACAAAUCAUGCCAAAAGAUCCCUGUGAAGACCUCAAAAUCAGAAACCAUAAGCAAAGACAUGGUGAAGAGAGGUUUUAGGUUCGUUGGUCCAACUGUCAUCCAUUCAUUCAUGCAAGCAGGUGGACUCAGUAAUGACCACUUGAUCACCUGUCCAAGGCACCUUCAAUGCAUGGCCUUGGCAUCCCAAAUUCCUAGUACUCUAGCCCCACCUUCGUAG